AAUUCUCCAGUUGGUGCAAUUGGGGGGGAAAAUGCAUGGAACUGGGGACUUGUUUGUUCUUGCUGAUUUGGUGGAUUUUCUGAUUUUUUUUGGCUUGCUUAUUAGGUGUUUUCAGAGUUAAUUGAGCUGAAUUUUCUGGGUUUAAUUCUGUGUUUCUUACUUGAUUGUGGAAUUGGGCAUGCAGAUUAACUUAAUUGGUUCGAUUGGAAAUUAUUGAGAUGACUACAUAUUGUUUUCCAACUCUCCACAUACAACAUCCUCAUGACUUCUUCUGUGCGCCAUCAUUCUGAUAAUAGUGAUUCUGAUGACCAGCAAAGUCAUUCAGAGUCUCAAGUUCAUUCAUCCUUACCUGCAAUUGGAAUGUCUCAUCCCGGAAUACCAACCACAAAUAUGCAGUAUGCAGUACCUCCACAAUUUGGAACAGGACAUGCAGUGGCACCAGGAGCUUACCCCUAUCCAGACCCUUACUACAGAAGCAUCUUUGCUCCCUAUGAAACACAGCCAUAUCCUUCACAGCCCUAUGGGGCCGCACAACCAACGGUUCAUCUUCAGUUGAUGGGAAUCCAGCAAGCAGGUGUUCCACUGCCGUCAGAUGCAGUUGAGGAACCUGUGUUUGUAAAUGCAAAACAAUAUCAUGGUAUCUUGCGACGUAGGCAGUCUCGUGCUAAAGCAGAAUCUGAAAAUAAAGCUCUUAAGAAUCGUAAGCCAUACUUGCAUGAAUCUCGACACCAGCAUGCAUUGAGAAGAGCUAGAGGAUGCGGGGGUCGCUUUCUUAAUGCAAAGAAAAAUGAGAACGAACAGGAUGAAAUGACAUCGGGUGACAAAUCCCAGUCAAAUAUCAACUUGAACUCUGAAAAAUGAGCUUGCUUCCUCUGAUCGAACGUCCUAAAUACUUCAGAAGCAAUUGCAACACCCAAGGGGCCACAGGAAGCAUUUAUUCUUCAACAACCGCCCGGACGGAGGUCCCAAUACCAGCUUCGUUAGUCUCGGUAGUGCUUCACUGUGGCUGGACACUUGAAGGUUCAUUAGCAAUAGCAUAUGUAUAGGUUCUAAAGUAUUAGGCUUGUAGGGAUGUUGCGAAAGACGAAGUAGGCAGAGUCUUAUUGAAGUAGAGUGAUAUAACCUUGUCGACAACGGGUUUCGUUUUAACCCGAUGCACUUUGUUUCCCGAGAGGGUGACGGUUAAGAAUGCUGUGUGGUGUACGCUUGAACUUAAACCUGUUUGUGAGGUUGGAAACUCGUAGGACAAAAUAUAGAGUUGUGUUGUUUGGUUUGGUAAUGCUUCAUUAGAUCGGCAGAGAGAUUAGGUUGGCUGCUGAUUGUGUCUUAGUAGUAGAGUAUUGGUAGUAGUUAUAUGACUUGUAUUCGUUUGUUAUCGAUUCGGACAAUAAGUUUAAUGGUUAAUGAAAUUGGGUGCAUCCUUUUUCCUUUGUGAA